AUGGAUCUGGGGGCGCAAGAUCCCACUGAAGUGGAUCCGCGUUGGAUCCAUGCCUAUCGAUCGUUCAGUGUGCUUAAAGCCAAGGUCGUCACUACUCCGAUCUUGCGGCACUUCGAUCCGGAUCGAAGAGAUACGGUUGUAGUGUAUGCUGGUGACUGGGCCAUUUUGGGAUCAUUGAUGCAGGAAUACGACCAGAUCUACUACCCCGUGCUGUUUGCGAGCCGCACUCUGAAGUCAAAUGAGCUGAAUUAUGGUAUCGCAGAGAAGGAGGUACUGGCCUUACUGCGGAUCCUACAUCUUAACUACAAUGCCUUGGUCGGACGUCCGAUCCCUGUGUGA